AUGAAAUGGGAGGUACACCGAAUCCAGAACCGUUGGCGAGGAGGUUGGGGGGAAGAAGGGUCAGAGGGACGGUUUUUUUUUUUUUUUUUUUUGAUUCUCGUUUCAUAUCGUUCAUUCUCGUCUAAUUCCACCAUCUUUCUUUUCUUCUUUCUUUCAUCCAAAUUUACACUUUUUCUUCUUUUUUUCCAGUCAUUUUCUUACCAGACAUUCACUCCUUCGUUUUGUCUUUUUAAUUUUUCUUUCACUUUUCUCUUUCCUUUUUUUCUUUCAUAUUUCUCCCCAUUUUUAAUUUUCUUCUUUUUUUUUUCUAUUUUUCCUUUUCCCGCUUUCCCAUUUUUGUUUUUUUUUCUUUUUCUUCUUUCCUUGCUGCUUCUUCGAUGUAACGUUCUUACCGAUUUAUAUUCCAAACCUUCUUCUCUUUCUCCCUGCUUCUUUCUUUCUCUUUUUCUCUGCGUUCUUCUUUCUCUUUCUCCUUCUUCCCAUCCAUUUUCUCCUUUUUUUAUAUUAAUAUCAUCUCUCUCUAACACUGUAUCUCUCUAUAUAUACAUAUUCCAAUUUUCAUCUAUUUUCAAGUUUCAUAUUCUCUCUAUAUCAAUCUAUCUAUCUAUCUAUCUAUCUAUCUAUCUAUCUAUCUCUCCAUAUAUAUAUAUAUAUAUAUAUAUAUAUAUGUACUUUUAUUUUCCUUUAACCUUUUCCUCCCUUCUUUUUUCUUCCUUUUCCUUCUUUCUCUCUCUCUCUCUCUCUCUCUCUCUCUCUCUCUGUCUUUCUGUUUGUCUAUUCAUUAACUCUCCAUUUAUUUCCUACCCGCCUCCUCUCACAAUCCUUCUUCAUGGCUCUUCCCACCAACUGUAUCGUCCUUUACUUAUCUCCACCUCUUUUACCUUUUCUCUCACCCUCUAUUUUUUAUCAUUACUAUUUGCUACAUAUCCCCCCUCUCUCCCUCCCUCUCUCUCUCUCUCUCUCUCUAUCACUCACUCACUCUCUUUCUUUCUUUCUUUCUUUCUCUAUAUCUCCUCCUACUACUCCUCCCUCUGCUCCACCUUUUAA